GACAUUGUUCGUAGACUUGGGUCAUAGCAUGCGCUCUCUGUGGUUGGUUACAGCUUCCUUGCGCUAGUUUGAAGUUUUUCAAUUAGAUAUGUCAUUGUGUAUCUGCUAGAUGGCGUCGAAUCCUUGGGAUACCGUACAGCCUACAGCUGCGGCUUUGCUGAUAGAGAAAUGCCUGGAAUCCGGGGUUCUCACGCAGAAUUUACUGGACCAAACAAGGCAAGAAUCAAUCUGCUUUAGUCGUGUAGAAGAGCUAGAGAGGAUAUCCACCAUCAAGGCUGAAAUCAAUCAAAAAAGUCUUGAGCUAGAACUACUGAGGCUUGAGAAAGAAACUGCAGAUAUCAUUCAUCCUUUAUUCCUCAAUUUGCUGCUGAACUGUUACCACUUGCAAUACAUUUUAUUGAGAAACUUGAAGUUUAUCUUCAGACCAUCAGAUCCAUCCCUAGGAUACCAGAACGCUCUAAUAACAUGGACAGUGCUCUGGUUAGGAUGGAAUCACUGGAAGCAGAGAUGGAAGAACUGACUGAGCAUAUAUUAACGUGGAGAGAAAAGCAGAUGGUGCAUCUGAAAGGGACCUUCCCCACUAGUACAGAUGCAAACUCCAGCUGUAUAAAUGCGUCCUCUUCAUACUUAUCUAUUGAAAAUCUGCCUCCUUAGCUUAAGGAUUCUGUGCCUUUUUUAUAAUUAUUUACCAGUCCCAUUUGCACGAGCAGACAUUAAAGGAAUCCAGCAAUAGUAGUAGCAAAUAUAAAGGGCUGGUAACAUAGAGGGCAUACAUACAUCUGUUCCAAUUAAAUGGGGAAAACUUGUCCAAUAUGUAUUUUAUGUGUUUGUUUCAUCUGUAAGAUUGUAGAACAGCAAGUAGAAGUUCCACACAAAACUACUAAAUUGCUUUGUUUUUAGCAAUGGAGCAGAAUUAAUAGUGGCUAUGCUGCUUGUGUAACCCUAGCAACAUAGGAUGGGUAGCGGAUUUUUUUCUAUAAGGAAGUAGGGAUGUUUUCCUCAUAGAAAAGUUAACACAAAGUACCGUGAUUGUCAGUAUUGCAAAGAAAGCAACUUCAGUUGACAUCUAAAAACCUGUUUCUUUGUUACAAGAUGCCACUGAAACUGCUAGCAAUUACUCUUAAUUCUUAAUUUGAUUUUAAUGAGUUUGUUUCUACACUUAAUUGGCAGGUAGCUACCUCCAGUAUUUUUUUUUCUUAUUUUUUUUUCUUCUCAAAUUAUUUGUUUUAAUUCAUAGUCUCAAAGAGACUUUCAUGUAAAUCAUUCUUAUAUUAUGCAGUUAAUAAUACCUAUAUAAUAUUUUUUUGUAAAGAUAAUAAAUAUUUUGAACUGGUGGUUAUAAAUAAAUACUUUAGUAUUUAAA